AACAGAUACUGAUAACAAUUAAAAAAAUAUAUUCCUGUUUUAAGGAUUUGUGAAAAACAUGUCCUUUUCCUACCUAAAAUUGAUAAUGAUCAAGAUAUGUUCGAAAAUUCCUUUUUUAAAAUCAUUUGUAAUGUUACGCACUCGUCAAAUUAAUAUAAUUGAUUCAAUUGAUGAGUGUGAAAAAAUAGCAACAAAUUUGGAAAAGUCUUGCAAAAACGUACCAAUCCUAGGACUCGAUUGCGAGUGGGUGACUGAAAAUGAAAUUCGACGACCAAUAGCUAUUCUUCAAAUUGCCGAUUAUGAUGGAAUGUGUUCAUUGAUUCGGUUAUAUAAGUUAAAAACAAUAUCCCCUACACUGAAAAAACUUUUAAAUAAUGGACAAGUGUUAAAAGUUGGUGUAGCUAUUUCAGAUGAUGCUCAACUUUUAAUGAAUGACUAUAAUAUUGAAAUUUCUGGGUACAUUGAUUUAAGGUACAUAGCAAAAGAUUGUGGUCUUAUUGAAAGGAGUUUGGCAGCUCUUUCAUAUAAAUUACUUGGUUGUGAAUUAGAUAAAGAUUGGCGAGUAAGAGCCAGCUAUUGGGAAACAGAAAUAUUGACUGAACGACAAAUUCAAUAUGCGGCAUUAGAUGCUUAUGUUGCUGUAAAAAUAUUUGAACAACUUAGAAAUAAAAUAAUUCCAUGGCAGUUUUGGUUUUAUUGGUCCAAUAAGAAAAAAUGGAAUUCUUUUAUUGAAAAAUAUGAGAAGUAUAAAAAUUUACCAUUUAAAAAUAACAAAUCUAAUGGUAUAAAAAUAAAACCAAAACCAAAUAUUCGCUCAUUUUCUACAUCAACAAUUAAAGCAUCAUUGGUCUAUGACAAUUGCUUAAUGGAAAAUUUUGAUGGCAAUAUUAUGUCUACUUGCAGUCAUAAAAAAGUUGAUUGGUAUAUUAGUCAAGGAUUAGCUAAAUUAGUUAAUGAAAAUCCUAGAACCAUAAGACUUAACUUUCCAGCUGAUAUUAAACAUAAAAAAGAUGCAUUUUCUGUUUUAUUUCGGCAUAAUAUAUGUACUGUUUGUGGCCGCACUGAACAUUUUAGAAAAAAAAGUAUUAUACCUAAAGAAUUUAUCCGACAUAUGCCUACUGAGUAUAAAAGUCACAUACCACAUGAUACAUUAUUGUUAUGCUAUUGGUGCCAUGUUAAGGCAAAUACGUUUGACUUUGAAAUACGUAAUAGAUUGUUUCAAAAGUGUAAUGUGGUUGAAAUAAAUUCAAAAAAAUAUAGUAUGAUUCCCAUGUAUACUAAAAUAAUGCGUUCUAAACACUUGGCCAAAACAUUGUUAAAAUCACAUAGUAAAAUUCCAGAAAAUAUUUCUAAAAAAUUGAAACAAGAAGUAGCUGAAAUUUAUAAAAUAAGAGCAGAUCUUUUAUCAGACACAUUUCUAGGUUAUUUGCUGAACAUAAAAUCCCUAAAAUAUGAUUGUAAUUUAGAACAUAAUAAGGCAGCUGAAAAAGUGGUAAAAUACUUUAUGGAGCGAGGUACACUUAAUGAAAUGAAGGCAAUGUGGCGACAACAUUUUGUUGAUACAAUGAAACCAAAAUAUCUACCUACUAUGUGGUCUGUUACUUAUGAAGGAUAAAACCAUUGAUUAUAAAUAUUAUAGAUGGUUUUCCAGUAGUAUUAUUUGCUAAUGCAGAACUAUUACUAGUACUAUUAUUCACUACCAGUGUCAAUUCUGUGUGAUUGACUUGAAAAUUUUACUAUGGUAGGCUGACUAAAAUAUUUAUAGUGAAUGAUGUUACAGAAGUAAUAUCUUUCAUUUUUUUACAAAAUUGUAAAUAAUAGUUUAAUUUUACUCUAAAUAAAACAAAUGUGAUAAAAAAAAAAAAAAAGUACAAAAUUA